AUGGCUGGAUGUGUAGCCCUGGCCAGCCUCUAACUGCACCACUGCAGCUACAUAUACGAACUGAGAUGAGUGAGAUGGCAAUGUGUGGAAUUUAGCAGUGUUGACGUGAAAUCAGCUGGAUCGGGCUUGUUGAACAGAUUGCUUCGGGAUCAAGUAAUCGAAUGUGUGUUUUUCUCACUGUUUUCAAUCCAUUUUAACCAUUCUUAUACACAUUUACCAUUUAUCUCUUGUCAAGUGAUUAAUUUUAAAUCUCAACCACCAUGUUCGACGUGUUCGGCUCCGUGAAAGGGCUAUUGAAAAUAGACCAAGUAUGCAUCGACAACAACAUAUUCCGCUUACAUUACAAAGCCACGGUAAUUAUUCUAAUAGCGUUUUCGUUACUGGUUACCUCCCGACAAUAUAUCGGUGAUCCUAUUGAUUGCAUCGUGGAUGAAAUUCCUUUGAGUGUUAUGGAUACGUACUGUUGGAUCCAUUCAACUUUUACUAUUCCAAAUAGGCUUGGUGGUCGCGUCGGGAAAGACGUAUUGCAACCUGGAGUUGCCAGUCACGUGGAAGGCGAAGAUGAAGUGAAAUAUCAUCAAUAUUACCAAUGGGUGUGCUUUGUGCUUUUCUUCCAAGCUAUGCUUUUCUAUGUACCGAGGUAUUUAUGGAAAACCUGGGAAGGUGGUCGGAUCAAAAUGCUUGUACUUGAUCUCAACUGCCCUGUGGUGAGUGAGGACUGUAAAAAUGAACGCAAGAAGUUAUUAGUGGAUUACUUCGCCACAAAUCUACACACCCAAAACUUCUAUGCCGUUCGAUUUUUUAUCUGUGAAGUGUUGAAUUUCAUCAACGUCAUCGCUCAAAUCUACUUCAUGGAUUACUUUUUGGAUGGAGAAUUUAGUUCGUACGGCUCUGAUGUUCUGAAGUAUACUGAAAUGGAGCCUGAUGACAAAGGUAAUCCUAUGAACAAAGUAUUUCCUAAGCUAACCAAAUGCACAUUCCACAAGUAUGGUCCUUCAGGUACUGUCCAGAAGUUCGAUGGUUUAUGUGUGCUUCCUUUAAAUAUAGUCAAUGAGAAAAUCUAUGUUUUCCUAUGGUUCUGGUUUAUCAUUCUAACAGUUCUAACUGGAUUAGCUCUAAUUUUCAGAGCCAUAGUAAUUCUCGGGCCUCAAACAAGGUUGUAUUUACUGCGAGCACGAUCUAGGCUUGCUCCCCAAGAUCAAAUUGAGACAAUAGCAAGAAAAUGUCAAAUUGGAGACUGGUUUGUACUUUAUCAAUUAGGUAAAAAUAUUGAUCCUCUCAUUUACAAAGAAUUAGUUGCUGAUUUAGCUAAAAAACUGGAAGGCAAAGAAACAGUCUAAAGUUAAUUCAUAAGCCCCCGUAACAUCAUUCCAGUGCCUCCUAUUGCCUAUCUCGUUCCCUUCAUUCUAUUAUUAUUGUUGAAGACAAUACUCGACCUGUAAGCAUCAAGGAAAGGCUUUUGUUCAAUGGUUGAACCACUCCAAAUCAACUGAACUUAUCCACUCUCUUUAAGCAGGGCCCUCUCAAUACCAUGAGUGUCUUAUAUUUUAGGUUAAAUAUUUCAUGUAUUCGGAGCAUUGCAUUACAUAUUGUAGAAGAUCAUCUCUCAUCUAUUGGUGUUAACAAGGUAUUCACAAGUAACUUCUAGUGAUUGCUUACUACAAAUUGUUGCCUCCCUGUUUGAUAGAUUACUAUUAAUACUUACCUAGUGUCUGAAUGGAAAGUACCUUGAUUGUGAUUUAUUCUGAUAUUGUAAAUUAGUCUGUGAUACAUCGCAGUAGAUGCCUACGCUUCAGCAGCCGGUUGUAUUUUAAAUUUCUCGUAACCCAAUGUGAGAUUGUAGUUCUCAGUCGACCUGCACUCAAGGAUGCCAGAAGUUCAGAAAUGUCUGAUUUUUGGGUUCCAAAUCUCUGCUUCACCGCAGACUUGGUGCUUCGCCUCAUUUGUGACAAUUCAAAACCUGCUAAUUUGUGCGACCACUCUCUUGAGGUUAUGGUAACUUUUUAUCCCUAAAUCUGCCUCACGUUUCAUAAUUUGCCUCUCUUUUCCUGUCAUCUGUAGAUAGCAAGAUCAGGCAAUUUUGUGCUGAUGCUUUUUAAUUUUUGAAUGUCACUUUCAUAAGUAACUGCACAUCUUUAAUCUGGGUAAAUUUUGAUUCAUGCUUUCAUUGGCAUUCAUGGAAAGUGUUCUGAAGAAGAGAGUAGCUGAGGUUCUCAUUCGUCAGCUCCUUUUGAAGCAUAAGUUUGAACCUAAAUUGUCUACUGCCACUACCCCCUUGAUUGCCCAUGACUGCUUGUAAAUUAGGAAAUACCUGACGGUUUUAGGAUGUCAUAGGCUCUUAUGGGAUUACUUACCUACAAAAGAAAUUUUUGACUGCUCAAAAUAAAAUUAUCAGGUGGUAGCAUUUUAGAACUUUUUCAAAACAUCAAGUCUGCAGGGCUUGAAAGAGACAAAUAUAGGCCGCUAGAAACACCUCUGAAGUAGAUUGAGGGAGAUAAAAUUUAAUCAUUGAAACAUAUUGUCAUAGGUAUGUAUGAAAGUAAUGAAAUAAGUAUGAGUAGCCUCUCGUUACUGAUAGCCUGAUACCUUUCGUUUUAUUUGUUUCUAACCAUUUGCUAUGUUUUGCUGUGCUAAGCUUUUCAAUUUGCUGGAUCAUUAUCAGGCACAAAACCAAAGCACUUAGAAAUUAGAAAACAUGCAAAGCAACAAAACUACAUGAUACAAAGCAAUGUAAUGGUUGAAAGGGGGUCAUAGGGAUUAAGUUUGGAGGGAAAGUUAUAUAAAUCUUUUUUGAAAAUUUUUUGGUCUGAAAUUACUUUCUAACAAAACUACAAUUUGUAAGCACCAGGUAUGGCUGACUCUGAAUCACAUCUGAAAGAGAAUCAGUUCUUUUUUCAUGUCAACAGGAUGGACUUGUGCAAAGGCACCAUUCUUGAAUGAAUUUUCCAUUUUCUGCCAGAAAAGCGCAGCGCAAGCACCAUUUGACUCCUGAAGCUGUGUCAUGGAAGCCAUUAGAUUCAGUUCAUCACAUUUUUCAUGUAGGUCAGUGUAAUUUAAGUAGGCAACACUCUUACACACCAGCUUAGCAAAAGCCAGGCAUAUGACUUAUAAAGGGAAAAUAGUUACUGCCGCGAGUGAAUUGGCACCUCUGGUGCCCUCUAUUAUCUAUCUUGACCUUGUUUCGUAACUCAGAGAGUGUGUGUAGAUAAGUCCAGUAAACAUGCAUCUUUCAGCUUUCGUAAGACGUGAAGAAUUUCCUUCAAAUCCUCGGAGCUAGCGCAAGACAUUUUUGCAGUCUUUAAUGCCGAAGAUUCUUAAUUAAUAGAAUUAAUUUUCCCCAGUACCUUUAGAAUCUCUCCUGUCUGAUGAUAUAGCAUAUGCAGUCAUAACUGCAAUUUCAUUGUCGUAAUUAUUGUCAAUCCUAAUGACCACACAAUGGAAGCAAUCAAAUGUGUGCAAGAUCUGUUUCCUUUUAAUCUCUUGAAGAAACUGGUCAUCUUCUGUUCUUAUGAAUUAUCUUUUACUCAGGAUAUAUUCUAUCAACAUAUGGAUGUGCAGGACCCAGCUUGCUUGCUUUUGUCAAAGUUUAAAAUGAGAGCCAACUUUUGAGCGCAUGGGGUUUUUAUGAUUUUUUUCUUCGAGCUCCAAUUUUCACUUGAGCGAUAUCUUCACCUAUUUUAGUCCUUACAGCCUCCUUUUGAUCCUCAAAGUAACAUUAUGUUCAGUAUGUUCGUACCAGUAAGUUUAUUCAAUUAAGCAUGAGAUACACGACAAAACCUAGUCAGUCACAAAUCAUAUGUUGAUGAAAGUUAAAAUCUCUAGCAAAGUUGUAGAACUUAAGAUUUGCUCUGUAGCUAAGCAUUUGAUUUUAAGUAAAGUUCUAUCAAAAUCCAGCACAUAUUUAUGCAGACCUCCCUUGUUACAAGUGUAAAUUUAGAUCAAAAGAAUCAUGAGCAGCCUCUAUGUUGUGGUUUUUAUGAGUUCCUGUUGUGAUUUCCAUGGGAACUCACAAAUUGUCAUUUUUCUAUUUGCUUUUAUGAAGCAAUAUUGCACAAAGGCUGUCCUAAUAUAACUAAGAUUAGAACUGCAAGUUUUAAACUAAAGCAGUCAGAGAGCUGAUUUCUCUUGCGUUUGAUAUAAAAUCUUAUUCUCCAUUGAUUAACACCAAGUUUAUCUCCUUUGCUCAUAAAUUCGCGAAGAUAAGUAUGAAGGUUCAAAAAAAAAAAGUUUUGUCACCGCCACCGCUUCUAUCAUUAGUUUUUCUUCCUUAAGAAAGCUCUUCAAACACUAUUUUCCCAAAAUUUCCAGACUGCACAAACUUAUCAACGUAAAAUACGAUUUGGCUACACUGUUUUGGCGUUGCCUGAUUUCAGGCAUAACCGUAGCUGUAAGAUUUGAGAUGUCUCACACCAUGUUAAGACUUGCACAAAAAGUCAAGCCUAUCGUAUCUUCACAAGGGAGUGCUUCAGAGUUUCUGGUCGUCUGGAAAACCUGGAAAGAUAGGGAAUAUGGCGACCUGAAGAAGUUAAGGAAUUUUGUGAGCAAUGUCAAACAGCAUGGUGCAUCGUUUGCGCAGUAAUGGAGAAACUACAACUCCUGUGAUAUAUGGUGACGAAUCCUUUGA